AUGGUGGAGAAUAGGCAGUUUCUUGAAUGGGUAGCUGCUGAGAAAUUUGACAUUGCAUUCAGCAACGUGGUCAGUCUCUGUCCCAUUGGGAUCAUACACUAUACCAAAAUUCCUGCUUGGAUUUGGCUUGACAGCACCGCUCUGGUGGACUACGUAGCAUAUUAUAUGGGAGUUCCGCUUAUACCCAGCUAUACUCCACGCAAGUUUUCAGCCGACAAAGAGACCAAAAUUUUCCGAGAGGUGGUUGAUCCAAAUUUCCCGGACUUAGUAGAACUAGCGAAAAAGUGUCCACUGGUGAGUGAAAGUCCAGUAGUGAGGGUAUAG